AUGUCUUCUAUCUCUAUCAGACUCCCAAAAAUCUAUUCCAGCGAUGGAGCCAAUUCCGCCCCACCAAACGACUUCAUAAUCGGGACAUGGCAUGUAACCCACUCCAGCCUCCCCCUGUGGAAAGGCAAGCGCAACGUCAACAUCACCUACAAGCUCCUGCCCGCAGAUUCUGCCGGGGUGCAAAAAAUCGACGACUUGGUACAAUACCAAGCCGUCAACUCUGAGAAAAUAAAAUCCGUCCAUGGGGUGGAUACUCCAACGCCAGGCAACCCCGGCGCCUGGGAUUGGCGCGGCAAAGGCUGGCUGAUGAUCGCGAGCUCGCACUGGGAGUGUCUCGGAUUCGGUCAUACCGAUGAUGAAAAUCAGUGGAUUGUCACAUACUUUGAUAAGACACUCUUUACCCCUGCUGGUGUUGAUAUAUACUCGAGGAAUAAAGAGGGGCUUCCGCAGACUAUCGUCGAUCAGAUACUUGAUGCUCUCAAGGGACUUGGGGUUGAUGAUAUUGCCAACCUCGCUAACAGCGUCUUUCGGGUUCCUCAGAACUAG